UGAACGUACAGCGGGGAAACAGCAGCAGCAACUGGAGUAAGGACUGUGUCCAUGAUAGCUAAAGCUGCUGUGCAACGAUUGUUUUUUAACUCGUUUCAUUUUUUUUAAUACAAAGAGAAGCAGGGAUGCUUGAUUCCAGCGCAGGACUGCGCGAUAACUUAACGUCUUCCUUUUGGUGAUACUAUUACAGUAAGAUGCCUAUCCGAGCAUAUUGCACAAUUUGCUCUGAUUUCUUCGACCACUCCAGAGAUAUUGCUGCCAUCCACUGCGGACACACUUUCCACCAUGAAUGCCUGCUCCAGUGGUUUCAGACGGCGCCUACAAAAACAUGCCCACAAUGUAGGAAACAGGUCAGCACCAGGCACAUUAUCAGCAAGUUGUUCUUUGACAUUGGUGGAGAGGGCGAUGAGGCAUCAGCAGACCCUGAAAGCUUGCAGAAUGAGCUUGAUAGGAUGAAAGCCCUUUUGAGCUCCAAAGAGCGUGACUGGCGGGACAAACAGAAGGUUGUGGAUGGUUUGAAGGAAACUGUAGAUAGGCAGAGGAGAGACCUGGACAGUGUGCGUAAAGAAGUUAUGGAAAAGGAGAUGCUUUGUUCUGCCCUGAGGAAACAGAUGUCUUACCUGGAAACACAACAGAAUGAUGUUCAGGCUGCUAAGGAGGAGGCCCGGCGGCUCAGAAACAAAAUGAAAACCUUUGAAAGCUUGGAGGUUUUAUUACAGGGCCAGAGAGAUGAGGUGGAGUCUAUGAUCACAGAUAUGGGCAUCAGCCAGGCAGCUGUGGAGCAGCUCUCCAUCUAUUGCAUCUCACUCAAAAAAGAAUAUGACAAUCUAAAAGGGGGCCUGAAAUCUUCAAAUGACAUGUGUGAGAAGCUCAAGAGAGAAGUGCUCACCUCAAACAAUAAGUUACACAAAGCUUCCCUGGAGGUGAAUAAGACCAAAGAGGAGAUGAAGUCUCUGCAGAGUGAUCUGGCCAAUGCUGACAAAGAGAUCUCUAGUCUGAAGAAGAAAGUAGAAAUUCUUCAGAGGACUCUGAGCACCCCAACACGGACUAAUGAAGCCCUGAGUCGUCUCGUUUUUGAGAGCCCAGCCCCAAUGGAGCUAAAGCACCCUCAUCUCCACCAGCCUGUAGGUAGCGAGGACAUUGACCUCAACAUGACUUAUGAUGUCACUACGCCAGAUGAUGUAGCCAAGAAGCCAACGCCGGUCCCUUCAAAGAAAAUGCGUCUUGACCCUCCAGUGUUUUCUUUGUCAAAACACAGUGAGAAAAGUUCAGUUACAAGCAAGGCUCGAGAUGAGGACGGAUCCAUGGAUCCUUUUUUGAGGAACUCCCUCCUCUUCAGGAAGAAGACGUUUGGCAGCAUGUUGGACCCACAGAGGAAGCCCGGCGCUGUGAGAACUGGCUAUGAUGGUUUAGGAGGACGCACUAAGUUCAUUCAACCAUCUCCUUUAUCUGAGAUUCGACCACUGAUGAAAGCGAAAAGGAAAAAGGUAAGCAGGCCUCUGCCCAAGGUUGAGACCUGCCUGACUCUGGACAGCUUCCUGGAGUGAAUGAUGACCUCAGAUAUGGACUCUAAGGUCAGAUUGCUGCAUGGGAUGCAGCAAAUUAAUGCUGCUGUGACACUGGUGACCAGCCUGGCAGAGGCUCUGUGAAUAAGGUCCAAACAGGACUGCAACUUUAUUUCAAAAGCAGUAUUGGACUAUAAACUGAAGAAGAGCGGCUGAGCUUUUCGGUAGUAUCAUUAACUUGGUGUACAUAUGUUUUUUAGUGAUGUUUGAAGUACUGAGCUUGUAUGUGUACAUGGUGUCUUGAACAGACUUUUACUUGGUUGAUUUUGUUGUGGAUGUCUUUAUUUUAAAGGGACAAACUGUGUCAUUUGAGGACCACCUGAAUGUCAGACCUCUGUUUUGUCAUUUAUAAUCAUGCUGCAUCUGUUCUAUGAAGCCUGCAAAAUUAUCUUUUUUCACUCUAAUUUAAAACUAUCUUCUCAGACCCUACAUGUAGAUAUGCUGUAGGUUUUUAGUUUAGUAUUCUUAUCAGAUGAACUCAAAUAAACCAGAGUUUUUUUAAUUUA